AUGAAGGCCUUAGAGGUGCCGAAGAAGGUAUUCAAGUUGCCGAAGAAAGUUUUAAAAAUGCUGAAGAAGGUUUUCAAGAUACAGAAGAAGGUUUUCAAGGUACCGAACAAUGCCUUAAAGGUGUCGAAGAUGGUCUUUGAAGUGCCGAAGAAAGUCUUCAAGGUGCCGAAGAAGGACUUCAAGGUGCCAAUGAAGGGGUUCGAGGGGCCGAAGGAGUUCUUCAAGGCUGAGAAAGGUCUUCAAGGCCGAGAAAGGUCUUCAAGAAAGUAUGCAAAGCCGAGGAAGGUCUUCAAGGCCGGGGAAGGUCUUCAAGGUUCCGAAGAAAGUCUUCAAGGUGCCGAAGAAAGUCUUCAAGGUGCCGAAAAAGGUCUUCAAGGUGCCGAAGAAGGUCUUCAAGGUGCCGAAGAAGGUCUUCAAGGUGCCGAAGAAGGUCUUCAAGGUGCCGAAGAAGGUCUUCAAGGUGCCGAAGAAAGUCUUCAAGGUGCCGAAGAAGGUCUUCAAGGUGCCGAAGAAGGUCUUCAAGGUGCCGAAGAAGGUCUUCAAGGUGCCGAAGAAGGUCUUCAAGGUGCCGAAGAAGGUCUUCAAGGUGCCGAAGAAGGUCUUCAAGGUGCCGAAGAAGGUCUUCAAGGUGCCGAAGAAGGUCUUCAAGAUGCCGAAGAAGGUCUUCAAGGUGCCGAAGAAGGUCUUCAAGGUGCCGAAGAAGGUCUUCAAGGUGCCGAAGAAGGUCUUAAAGGUGCCGAGGAAGGUCUUAAAGGUGCCGAGGAAGGUCUUCAAG